AAGUUGAGAAAACUGUGAGAAAAUGGACCAGGAAAAAUCACCAGAGGAACUGAAGCAGCUCGUAGAGGAAAAAGUGACUCUGGGGGAGUCACUGAUUGAGAAACUAUCAACUCUGAAGCAUGUCAAUGGCGCAGCUCGGCUGGAGAAGAAAAUAAAUCAGGAGAUGAACUUCCUCACAACAAACCUGAGAAACUCCACAAUAAUUGAGAAUCACAUCCUGUGUUCCAAUCUUGUUCAUUUUGAGGUUGUUGUGGGAGUUUUGACCACAUGCAGAGCACCGAAGCACAUUGAUUGCUCCCUCCAGUCCGAAAGCAGAAGAACUCCUCUCCGGGUGGACAUUGUAUGUGACGAUGGGGCGUCUUGGGUUAAAAUAAUUGCCAGGAAGAGCAAAUCCAUCAAAGCAGCUGUCUCAGGAGACACUAAAUACGGCUCCAAGAAUAUUCUGGAUCAUGCAGAUGAAUUUAUCGAAGUUGCUUCGCAGAAUCCCAUCAAUUUCCGCACUCCAAAAAUUUACUUCGUCUCCCUGAAUCCUCUAGAUGAGAAUUUAGUCUCACAACUUGAGCAAAAGGGGAUCACUGUGAAGAUUUUCACUCCAGGAAUGGAAUUAUCAACAGAAUCAGCAGAGAACAAUCUUCACAAAGUCCUCAAUCUGGAUAUUACGACUCUCCUGGCGUAUGUUAGUUCCCUGACAAAUGGAAGCUGUGAUUGGGAAUAUGAGGAACCAAUCCUCACAGAGCAAGCCCGUUCUGAACAACGCUGCCCCCUGAAAGCCACUCUCGAUGGGAUUUUUGCUGGAAAACGUCUGAUUUGCUGCAAGACUGCUGAAAAAUCUUUUCUGGACAUUGUCUCCCUGCUAGGUGGGCCAGAAGAGAAAUAUCGCACUGAAGAGCUCAUGAGGAGAAUUGAAAUACUCCCAGAUGUAACAGAAAUCCCAGAAAUUCUGAGAAAUGUGAAGAUUAGAGGGAAAAUCAAACAAAGAAGUUUCCAAAUCUUUGCAUUUGGGAUUUUUCACGCAGCUCUCACUGUUACAUCCAAUGAAGGAUUCAUCCGGGCUGUAAAGACUCAGGAGGGCAUUGACGUGCCAGUAUUUGUCCACGAAGCUCGUGCCCUGACGGAAAUGAAGGAGAAAACAGCCAAAAAAGUUGAGAGAUUUUCAUAAUUUUCUGGAGAUAUUCAAAUUUUGGAGGGAAGGUGAUUGGAAGUCACUGGAAAGACUGGAAAAAGUUCCAGCGAUUUCCCGUAAAUAAAAGAAAUAAAAAGUGAUUUUUUUUGGAAA